GGGAGGCGAGCGUAGCGAGGGAGGUGGAGGGGGCGAGGUCGACCAGUCACUGAGGACGAGUCCGGGUGGCAACACGUGCCCUGUGUCCUCCAGGUCCUCUAGUCCAGGUCACCCACCCAUACACUCUCCACUCCAACCUUACCUAGAUCGGGGCCCCAGCAGAGUGUGUGGAGGAUGUUGUGGACUCUGGACAAGGUGGUUCGGGUGGUGUUCUGGGGAGGAGUGAGCGCCCUACUGGCCACUGUGCUCAGUGCUCUGGGCAUAGUGUCCUGCCUCCUGGCCUUCACUACACUCUGGCUCCUCUCUGCUGCCAUCUACUUGUACACGGCUAAUAUGAAGGAACCAGCCGUGGGAAAGUCUGUGGUGGUGACCGGCUGUGACACAGGCUUCGGCAACACUCUGGCCCUCCACCUCGACAACCUGGGGUUCCGGGUUUUCGCUGGAUGCUUGCAGGCAGGAGGCGAGGGAGCAGAGAAUCUUAAGCGGAAUGGCUCGCAGCGCCUCCACGUCCUGCAGAUGGAUGUCACCAAGCAGGAGCAGGUCGACAAAGCUGCUGAAGAGGUCAAGGAACUAUUACCCAGUGGAGAAGGUCUGUGGGGGCUUGUGAACAAUGCUGGAGUGUGCACUCUGGGUCCUGUAGAAUGGGUCCCCAUAGAGGGCUUCAGGAAGGACCCAGAAGUAAAUGUAUAUGGCCUCAUGGCCGUCACGAAAACCUUCCUCCCACUCGUCAGGAAAGCCAAAGGUCGUGUGGUGAAUGUGGCGAGUGUUGCGGGUCGGAUGAGUGCGAGGUUCAUGGCCCCUUACUGCGCCUCAAAGUACGCUGUUGAGGGCUUCAGUGAUGCCCUCAGGCAAGAGAUGAAUCCUUUUGGUGUUGACGUCUGCAUCAUUGAGCCUGGAAACUUUGCUAAUGGGACACUCCUGUUUGCAACAAAUGAGGUUGUCGAGAAGGAAGUAAGGAGCAUGUGGACGUCUCUGAGCGACCAGCACAGGGAGGACUACAAGGAACUUUACUGCAAGAAGGUGGAAGGAUUUAUGAAAAACUUCCGUAGACAAGGGGCGAAAGACAUCAGUCCAGUGAUAAAUGCAUUCACAGAGGCACUAACGCAGACGCACCCGCAAGAUCGUUAUUGUCCCAUGGAGUUAAAGAUGUAUGUGGUGGCAUUUAUUAGCAACCACUUCCCAGCAUUUGUUUAUGAUGCAGUUGUCAGACUUCUUGCCGUGCUGCUACUGAAGAAAGAUGAAGUUUAGUGUUGUACUUCGUUUCUUGGUUUCUCAUGAAAUGAACUUUUCUUAUGAUGUUAGGUAUCUUGACUUUAGGCCAGAAGUAAAAUGUGCAAGAUAUAAUUCUUCUCAGAGCAGAACAGAAGGCAAGGUUAACAUAACCACUAAUACAGAGAUUAUCUCGGAAAUAAUGUUAUCAUUAGCUUCGUGAUAUUGGAAGUUUGAUAAUGUCGUGUAGAUGUUUAGUAAUAAAGUCUCUUGGUGCCUGUGAAAGUUAUGCACCCCCAUCACACUGAAAUGUGGGGGGGGUACAAAGUCUUUAAAAUGUAUGACUGCUUAUUAAGGGAAUUAUUUUAGGCUUGUUUUUCUGAAGCAAAUCACUUGUAGACAUGCAUGAAUUAAUAUAGCAAAUGGGAGAUAAAGGGGAGAAAAUUAUUUAAUUUUCAUGACUAAUAACAAACUGGGUUUUUUCAUAUUGUCUUGUUUCAGUAUUUGAUGUGGGAAUUAUUCCAAUAUUGAGAUUCCAUAUAUCAUGUUUGCCACUUAGUAGACUGAAGAUUAUUACAAAUGGUAGUAAUUUUUAUAUUUAAUCACACUAGUUUUUAUUUAUUUAAAUUAAGCAUUAGUUGGAACAAAAGAUGCUGUAGUUGAAUAUGCAGUAUAGAGCUUCAAUCAGUAUUAUUGUAACUAUCUUGUUGCUUUUACUUUAAAAAAAAAUUAUUCCUCCCCCAAAAUGUAAAUAUCUUUAAAGGCAACUAAGUUAGUUGGGCAUGUGGGUGGACAACAAAGUUAUAAACAGCAGGCACCAGCUAGGUGUCCCUCACCCAAUCACUGUACAGUACAAGCACCACCAGUGUUCUUGACGUGGCUCACUGGACCACCAAUACCCUCCUGCUCUGUAGUCGUUCCUUGCAAAACAGUCAUGGUUGCUGUUCCUCGGAUUUAUUUGUAGAGAAUCGUGAAAUAAUUUUAAGAUUUUAGUAGGCUACAAACUUGUUAGUUUCCAGGUUUCUUUUGAGUUCUUGAAAUAUGACCACCUCGGUCACUUGAAAAAAAGUUUUCCUAAGCAUCCAAAUAACAAAAGGUAUUUUGCCUUCAAUAGUAAAAGCUACGAGUUGUCAAUGCACUUGUGGGCAAAUGUAGUAGUGUUAAUGUACAAGAAUAUUUGAAUAAAGUUCUCAAGUUGGCUUUUUAAAGUGUUAUUGCUAGCUUACUCAUAUGAAACUUUGCAAAAUAAGUUACACAGUGCUAUUUGGCCAAGCUUGGUGCAAUAUACAUUACUGCAGACCUGAAAAUAUAAAGUAGAUAAAUUUAACUUGCCACAUGUCAGAUUUAAUAAAAAUUGGUUGUCUAGUUUGAGGUGUUGUCAAAUUCUCUUGAACUUAAAAUAGACCAUCUCCCAGUUAGAAUUGUUACACAGUACUAACCGAUCUGCCACUUGCCAAAUUGAAAGGUUUUUGUAAUUUUCUUGUACUGUUGUUGAAUAUUAAAAUUGUUUCAAGAAUA